CAUUUUCGACAACAUCAUGAACACAUUAUUGAACGUCCCACGGAAAACAAAAGACAAUAGAAAGUCAAGGGAGGACUUACCAGAUAUUUUCUCAAGAAGUGAGUUGCAUAUUAAAAGCAAUGGAAAAGUUUCAGUUCCUAUAUUCAGAUUGUCGUCAGAAGCAAAGACGUCGUUGUUCAACUGGGUAACAUCAGAAGUGAAGUUCUCUGAUGGUUAUGUUUCGAAUAUGUCAAGAUGCAUUUCAUAAGAUCAAAAGUUAACAGACAUGAAGAGUCACGACUGUCAUGUGUUUAGGGUUUAAGGAUUUGGGAUUUAGGGAUUAAGCAUGGGGUCAUUGUAAGAUAGACGUAAAAGAAAACACAGGACGGCUUUAACUCGACAUAAACAAUAUUUGUCGUAAAAAUGAUGUAAUCCAAAACACGGGAUGUUUUUAAAUUAGAUAGCUUGUAGAAAUCAUGGUGCACCGCAUUAUAGUCAGACAUUCAGGAUAGGAGAUCAUGCAUGUUCUUCAUCUGCAGGUCCAUCUACGUCUCCGGAGUAUGUUCCAGAAUCUCAGACGAGAGGAUCCACUAUUCGUUCUCCUAUGCCAGUUCCUCCUCCGGUUUGUCCCCUGGCUCCUUGGAAGUCUCCUCCACCGGCUCCUCAGGCGGCUCCUCAGGCUGCUCCUGCUCCUGGAGGCGGAGUACAUCCUGAUUUGGAGGUGCCGCCGGAUGCACCCUACGCUCACUACACUGUUGAGGACCUUCUCACACAACCGGAUCAAGAAGGUUUAGAUGUCUUAGACCCCAAUCUACCACCAGGAACUUUCUGGUUUGGUAGCGAGAGUCGUAUCGAAAGGAGUGUUUCCGAAACGAUCAAAACCUACUUCAGUGAACCUCAUCCAAACUGGAUGCACACCCGAGGCACGUCAGAACCACAUGUUCAAAUCUUUUACGCAAAAGUGGAACUGGUCCACUGGAAUCAAUGAGCAAGUCAAUAAGAAGUUCAACGAGAAGGCGAAGAAGCGCCUCUACAAUACCGUCUCUGACUGGAAAAUCAUUUAUGAGAAGCGGGGCUACGAAGCUAGACCCCCCGGUCUCACAAAGGAGGUAUGGGAC